AUGUCUCCUCCGACCGUGCCUCCGAUGGGGGUAGACGGUGUGUCCGCAUACCUGAUGAAGAAAAGGCACACCCACAGAAAGCAGCGGCGCAAGCCCACUUUCCUCACUUGUAGGAACAUCGUGGGCUGCCGCAUUCAACACGGCUGGAAGGAAGGCAACGAGCCCGUAGAGCAAUGGAAAGGCACCGUACUCGAGCAGGUUUCCGUGAAGUCCACUCUCUACAUUAUUAAAUAUGAUGGCAAAGAUAGUGUAUACGGACUAGAACUACACCGAGAUAAGAGGGUUUUGGCGUUAGAGAUCCUUCCUGAGAGAGUGCCAACUCCUCGCAUCGAUUCGCGCCUGGCAGAUUCCCUGAUUGGCAAGGCAGUGGGGCAUGUGUUUGAAGGCGAGCAUGGUACGAAAGAUGAAUGGAAGGGUAUGGUCCUGGCGCGAGCCCCGGUGAUGGAUACUUGGUUUUACAUUACCUAUGAGAAAGAUCCGGUCCUCUAUAUGUACACGCUGCUGGAUGACUACAAAGAUGGUGACCUGCGCAUCAUACCAGAUUCCCACUACUAUUUCCCUACUGCAGAACGGGAGCCUGGAGAGGUGGUCGACAGCCUCGUGGGCAAGCAGGUGGAGCACGCCAAAGAUGACGGGUCCAAGAGAACCGGCAUUUUUAUACAUCAAGUGGUGGCCAAGCCGUCUGUCUACUUCAUUAAGUUUGACGAUGAUAUUCACAUUUACGUCUAUGGUUUGGUGAAAACCCCCUAA